CAUUCACUUUCAAACAGUUAGUCGUUCAUUGUAGACGUAUUGUGUCUGUCCUCUCUGCACAAUAUCCUUUAUAUUGCAACCAAACAAGCAAAAGUGUGUAUAAAAAAAUUGUUUGAAGUUAAGAUUAUAACAAAAAAUUACAUAAAUUCAACAGAAAAAAAGAAAAUAUUACCCAAACACCAUGAAGUUGGCAUAUUGCAUAUUAGUUUGUGCUUUUUUGAAAUUGGCAUUCUGUUUGCAGAAACCUGCCAAUCUAGUGGACGAUGAAAGUUUCUUUGAUGUUCAAAGAGGUCCAUCCAGUUUUGCAAGUACCGACAAGAACUACCUCAGAUUUCUGGCUAUGGCAGAAAGGAAUAUUGUGCAAUGUGUUUUUUGUAAUUUUAUGCUUUUAAACAAAUACAUGAUUGGAAGGAGUCAUUUUACCAAGGAUCGUCUUAUUCAAUGUUCAUAUUAUUCACCUGAAAGAUGUUUGAGUUAUUUUGAAAGUUAUUUAAAUGAAACUGAUGCUGACAAGACCAACAAACGCAAGAGGCAAUUUGAUGAAAUUGACAAAACUGAUCCCGGAUUUAGUACAUUGAAUCAAAUCCAUUAAGUAAAUUCAAACAAACUGAAAAUAUUUUAUUAACAAAAUUUUAUUCUAAAAAUUGUGUGCUGCUUUCGACAGAAUAUUUAUUGUGUCUUUCUUUUUGUUUAUAAAUAAUUUACUAUAUAAAUGUAUUUGUUAUUUAACUGAUUUGAAUUGAGUCCAAUGAAAUAUAAUUAUAAAAAAUUUAGAUAGAAAAAUUAUUUGUUUUUUGCUUUUUAAACACAAAAAUUUAAGGAUUUUUGAAUUUGUACCUAGCGUUGAUUA